UUACGUGUCAUUCCUCCUUCGUGUCAUGCCUAUUUCUGUUUUGGAUACUCUUUUGGUAUUUGGGAGUUCGAUUUGGAGACAGACGGUCGAUUAGCUUGCGGCAGUCUGUCCGCUGGCAUUGCAGCCGAAGGAAUUGCCUGCAGCUUUGGUUCCGCAGUUGACCAUACAAACGGGGAAAAACUUUGAAGAAAUCGGCAGAAGUCUUAGCUAUAUUGCAGCGCGGAAUAGUUACGCCAAAAGACAUCAGACGUAACGGCCAUGGCAGAGGGUAACUCGUCACAGACGGGGAAAUUUUGUAGCCGCAUUCCUCGGUUACAACGAUCUGUAUCCUUCCAUGGUAAGGAAUAUAAAUCCACCACAAGUAAUGAGGCAACGGAGGAGGAGUUGACAGAAGCUCUAGACGAUCUCCGCUCUUUGAGCAGCGUUUCCAGUGUUGCGUCGUGUGCAGUGUCCAGUAGGUCAUAUGGGAGAGCUGUCGAAUCUGCCUUCGAAAUUCAGAAAACAAAUUCUCCAAGAUUUACGUUGCACUGCUCUACCCCACCAAAUAAUGGAUUCCCGGGGGAAUAUUUAACACCUACCCAAAGGGCCAACAGAACCAUUCGACAGCUCAAGUCAUUACUGAAGGAAUCGAAGACCGACAGCAAUUACAAAGAUUUCGAGAUACAACGCCUGACACGCGAACUUGUGCUUUUACGUUUGGAACAUGCUCAGUGCGGAAAAGACACAGUCAGAGGGGAAAAGGAACCUGAUAAUUCUUUACCCUUGGCGGCGCCAUCUCUAGCCGAUUCAGGUCAUUUCGAUGAUUUGUCGUACCAAGCAAACCAGUUAAAGGAUUCUUUAGUAGAAAAAGAAGUUGAUUCGCUAGCCACCGGUAGUUGGAUCAUGGAGAGAAGCCGGAUUGCAAAUUUUCAUACAGAAAAAAUGGACGAUUUGCUAAGGCGGCAUGCCCACGAGAUACAGCAAGUGAGAAGUCGAUUUACAGAUCGGCUUGAGGCAGCUUUAACCCAACUCAGUGAUUCUAAUACGCGUUACGCAAACCUGUUAACCAGCCAUGAUUUAAGUCGACAAGAGCUAGAGCAAAACACGAAGGAACAACUUCGAUUGCGUCAGAAAAUCGAAUCACUUGAGCAAAAACUUGCGCAGCUUCAGAUAGAUAUGGAAGAUCGCGAAACGAUGGAAUAUGAAACGCGAGAAAAGGAAUUAUCUCAAAUGGAAAACCUCUCUGCAGAGUUGGCAUGCAAAAAUCAAAUAAUCUUGGAUCUCCAGUCGACAUUGGAACGUUUAUCCGCUGCAGCUGACGAAGCUCGAACCGGGACCCAGAAUCUACAAGCCGUAGCGUCGACAUUAGAGCAGCAACAGGUGGAACUAGGAAGCUCUAGUUCGCAAAAUUGCGCGAUUGUGAACGACAAACCCAGGAUAAACAAUGCCAACCAUCCGUCUCCAGAUCCUUCCGUCAUGCUAAAAUUUCUGCGUUCUGCAAUAUUUUAUUUAUUAACAGACAGUGAAAACGGAGCUGAACAUCUGCGAGCCAUUCAAAGUAUUCUGGAAUUCAGUACGGAAGAACGUUGUGCGGUAGAACGUAUGGGAAGGCUUGGGUAUUUGUAAAAUUCUAAAUGACUAACCACGGGUAUCAUUAAAAGACUGCGGUAUACCUGAUUCACUAACAUAAGCUGCGAAAGUAUAAAUUAAAUCUAUUAGACAACAAUAAAGUUUCUUUAAAUUU